AAAAUGAAAAUACGUCAUUGUCAUUUGAGUGGCUGCGUUGUAGUUGAUGUUAUUGAUCAAGUUAUUCCUUAGUAAAAAAUAAAUACAUUCGCAAAAUGACUAUUUUAACAAAACCUUUUACAGAGAAAAAAGGUGAUAAGUUAGAAGUACCUCUAGUUGAAAAUGAAAAAUUGCCUUUACCGAGUGCACCAAAUGAUGUAGAAGCUCAAGGUCAUCCUCGUAUUAUUAUUUUUCCAGCCAGAGUUCAUCGUGUUUCUACUGCAACUACCCUUUGUCUUUUAUUAACUGCACUUAGUGUUGUUGGUAUUGGAAUUAUAGGAGGGAAAUAUUUGUAUCAUGAAUAUUUAAGUGUUUCUAGACCUUUACCUCAAGGCCGUUUUCAAGGGUGGGCUCAAAUUCCAAUGAAUGAUAUAGAUGAUGAUUCAGAUGAUUAUAGUAAUGUGUUUCCGGAGACAGAAUCAGGAAUGAAUACGGAUGAUGAUUUGGAUAUUUAUAAACUGAAAAGACUCAUUGCCAAAGCAUCUUUUCAAGAGAAUUUUGAAAUUGACGAUAACCAGAAAUAUGAAAAAAUUGACGUACCCGACUUUAGGGAUGGAAGAAGUGGUAGAUUUAUUCAUGAUUUUAACACAAACAUUACAGGUAUUAUAGACAUUACUGGACAUCGUUGUUUUGUAAUGCCCCUAAACCGUCAAAAUGUCUUGCCACCAAAGUCUUUAUUUGAUUUAAUACAAAAAAUGUGGGAAGGCUAUUAUAAAGUGGAUACUGCAGUUAUAAGAAAGACAAUGAAAGUGGUUCUGCCACCAAUUACAGACUCUAAGAGUAUCGGAGGUUACAUUACUAGUGAAUGUGAAGGACUUCCCAUUUAUAAACUGGAAAAAUAUGUGGGAGGAGUUGUGAAACGUUCUGCUAAUUUACAACCUGAAGCGAAAUUUGCUCAAUUUGCUGGAAAUGGAAUCACUGAAUUUGACAUAGUAAAUUUGGAAGAAGUCCUUGCCUAUGAAAAACAACUUAGCAAUAUUUAAAUAAGUUAUUAUAAUAGUGUUUAUUUCAUAAAAUAGGGUUAAUUUAUAUAUAUCAUAUCAGUUUUCCUAUGUUGAGGUAUAUAAAAAUAAAUUUUACAUAGUUUACAUUACUUAUAUAAUGUAGUAGUGGUGUAUUAAAACAAGAAUAAGAAUUAUAAAUUGUAAAUUCUUGUAAAUUUUAUAAAUAAAUAAUAUACUCCUUAA